GAAGCAUCUCCAUGGUGUUCACUCACUCAGUAUCUCUAGGUUUGGCUGGCAGAGGAGCUCAACACUCCUUCAUAGACAGACUCACAGGCUGAUGCUUAAUCCGUUUCAUCAAUGUGUAUGGUCAUAUUUGCUCCGCUUUUUGCUGUUUUAGCAUUUGCAACAUGUGGGGGAUAUUCUGGCCAGAUAACGGUUAAAGUAGAAUGUCUGGACAAAACCCAAAGCAACAUCAGCAUCAGUUUCAACUACCCAUUCCGACUCCAACAGGUACACUUCAGUGCUCCUCUAUGUGAAGGAACCAGGAAAGAGACUCUCUUUCUUGAAGGGGAUUUUGCUUCAUCUGUACAGUUCUUCGUCACUGUGUCGGUCCUGGCUUUUCUCUAUUCCCUUUUGGCCACAGUUGUUUACAUCUUCUACCAGAACAAAUACAGAGAGAAGAAUAGAGGUCCAGUAGUUGAUUUCUUGGUGACUUUAGCGUUCUCUAGCCUGUGGCUGGUAAGCUCAAUUGCCUGGGCUAAAACUCUGUCUGGGGUGAAGACAGCCACUGAUGUGCAUCAAAUCCUGCUGUUAAUGUCUGCUUGCAGAGCCCAGGAGAACUUAUGUGAGGUCUUGCAGGAGCCCAUCUGGACGAAUCUCAACAUGUCUGUGGCCUUUGGUUUUUUGAACUUCUUCCUUUGGGCUGGUAAUAUUUGGUUUGCCUACAAAGAGACAGGUUUGCAUAAGUCUUUUCAGCGCCAUCCCUCCAGAACUCCCUCUGAGAAACGCGGCAGCUUCAGGCAGUACAGUCAAACCAGUUUUGAUCAAUCUGGAGCUGGUUUUGGCCAGAGGCUCUACAAUGAAGGGAGUUUUGAUUUAUCAAGCGGAGGCUUCAGCCUACCCCAAACCAAUCUAGGACAGCCGAUGCUUUACCGACAGGUGGGGAGUCCCACAUCCAGAGGCCCUCUCAUAUUUGUUAAUGAGAUGUGAGCGAGAGUAUGAGUGUGGAGCAGAGAAAAAAAAGAGAAGUGAAACACUGUUGUUUAGACAGAUAAUUUGCCGUUGUGAAUGUGAUGUAGAAAUUGUGACAUUUUUGUAGAUAUCAGUCUGCAUACUGUUAUUUAUUUGUUUACUGUAUAAUUAAGUGCCACUGAAUUGAAAGCUCUACCUUGAUAUAGUAUAUUUACUUUUUUUGCAUAUUUAUAAAUAUAUAUACACACAAAUAUAUAUAGACAUAUACACAUAUGCAUAUGAACAAAUGCAUUUACCAUGUCAGAUAUGGCUCUGUGAUAUUUCUGGUGGCAUUUAGCAUAGUCCAUAUGCCUAUAUUCUAAUAGUCUAUGUUUUGUGUUAAAAUAUUUUCUUUUCAAAAAGUGCAGUGACAGUAUACCAUGGUAAACACAUUGGAUCGCAAUACUAUGGUACUUUGAUAUAGCCUAUAUAUAUUUAGAAGUGCCAUUUAUUUGUAGCUUUCCCAAGGUAUUUUAAAGAAUAACAUGGUAUCAAAUAGUGUCAGACCAGAUAUGGUGUUCUUUUUGUUAUGUUCUCUAUGUUUUUUAUGUUCUGCUAUGAAUAAUGAUUAAUUACCUGUAGACACCUGAGAAAACCAAAUGGCUUGAGUCAGAGAAUGGCAUGGAAACCCUGUGGACCGAGGAUGAUGUCCAGUCGGAGAUCUUUUUAAUGAAUCAUUUUGUCUAACCAUACACAGUGUUCAGAGAAAUGCAUGCAAAAAGAUGAGAUAAAAUCCAAUGCAAUAAAGUCAGUCUGUUGUUCCAUUUUAUUGUAGCAUUCAAAAUUGUAUAAAUGUUACUAUGUUAUACCGAUUGCGACAUAAUAUUAAGUAAUAAAAUAAUGC